ACCUCUGAGUUCCUUCGUCUUUUCGACUCGUCAGAUUGUGAUCACAGUAGGGCAAAAGACUUUAACUUUAAAAGAUUCUACGAGGUGGUUGAUCGAUUUAGUCAUCUGGGUCUUCUUCUAUAGUGGUUCCGAGAAUGGAUCAAGCUUCGUCUUCAUCGAAUGUUAAGGAAGAGAAGACUGAUCAUGUGACCGUCGAUGAUAACGAGGAGAGGGAAGCUAUAGAGAUUCCUCUCUUCCAAGUGCCUGAAUGCUAUGUUUAUUUGAUACCUCCACGGAAAAGCGCAGCUUCCUACAGAGCGGAUGAAUGGGACGUGAACAAAUGGGCAUGGGAAGGAGCAUUGAAAGUGGUGAGCAAAGGAGAAGAGUGCAUUAUCAAACUUGUAGAUAAAACCACUGGAGAACUUUACGCUCAGGCAUUUCUCCGAGAUGGUGAACUUCAUCCAGUAGAAGCUGUAAUCGACAGUAGCAGAUAUUUUGUUCUCCGUGUGGAAGAAAACAUAGGUGGUCGUGCUCGUCAUGCUUUUAUUGGACUCGGAUUCAGGGAGAGAACUGAAGCAUAUGAUUUCCAAGCAGCAUUACAUGACCACAUGAAGUACUUGAACAAGAAGAAAACAGCAGAAGAGAUGGAACAACACUUUCAGAACACAUCAUCUGUUGAUUACAGCUUAAAGGAAGGAGAAACCAUUGUUCUCCAACUCAAAAACAUGAGCGAAAAAGACACAAAGACUAAGUUGGUAGAGAAGAGUCUGACCAAUCUGUCCUUGGAGGAUAAGGGCAAGUCUAUAGAAACCACCAUUCCUUCACUCAUCCCUCCGCCUCCACCUCCUGGACCGCUUUCUCCUGUUACAACCGCUCAGAAGUCCCCAUCAAGCAGCCUCAGCGUCCAAAGAUCAUCUGAACAACAAGAUCUAGAUACGAAGCGAGAAGAAGUAGAGAAGAAAGAAGACCAAGAAGCUAAUGAAACAGGCGUUGAAGAUGCACCAGAUGAUGACUUUGGAGAUUUCCAAGCGGCAGGCUGAUUUAGCCAUUGAGUAUUUUUUACCAUACAGAAAGCAUCGUUUUAUAUAAGUAAUGUGACUGAUCAAAGUUUGGAUUGUUUGCUUUUGUGAGAGAGAGUCCACCUCCUGUACAAUUGCAUACAAAGACUAUUUCUCUGAACUUGUGAUUAGAUAGUUAAACUUUGAAGUCUUUUCAUUCAUUAACUAUACACAAUGUUCAAGAA